AUGAUUCUUCUAGAACAAGUGUCAUUAGACUCAAAAAAUAAUUUUUAUAGAACUUUCAUUGAUAUUAUCGCAUCCAUAAAUAAAUAUGAAGAAUACAAAAACUCUAGGACCUCUACAGUGACAUUUAAAUCAGAAAAUCCAACACAUUCAAAUGAAAUUAGUCCGUCGAAUUCUUUAAAUGAAUACGAUCCAAUAAAUGGUGAUAAAAAGCAGGACGACUCCAUCACACUCAGCAUUAGCGAGAACAAUAUAACCUUGAUUUGUUCGGACGAUGUAUACGAUAUGCUUAACGUUCUGUUUAAUGACUCCAUUUUGGAGUUGGGAUUCCUCAGUUUCAACCGGAUCGAAGAUGGUAUCGCAAGACAAUCAAAAGGAAUAGCAGAAGAUUAUAACGUAAGUAAAGUGAAUGAAGUUUUCGUAAUCCGUCCAACAUUUAGAGACUCUCAGAGAUUGGCAACACUUCUUCAAACGAGACACACGAAUGUGAUAAGAGUUGUAUGCCUGCCUGAGAUUUGUGAAUUGUACCCGGAGGUUUUGUCAAACCUCUUGGGCAAAAACUAUACAGUUUGUAAAUAUGGGUCAAACACGCCUUACACAAAUAACUUGGUAGAAUUAUUUGAAUGUCCUAUACACAUGGUCCCUGUAGAUGGCAUUUUAUCGAUGUUCAUGCCAAAUUCUUUCAGCGACUUUUAUCUAAACGGAGACCCAACGACAGCGUGGUUCUUUGCAAAGGCACUGGAUUAUUUACAGAGAAGACACCUAGGAGGAUCAAUACUGAAUGUAACAGGAGUAGGAACAUUGUCGAAGUACGUUAUUGAGCUCAUGCUGAAGAACCGGAGGGAUUUAGCAGCAAACAUGAUAGUUGAAGGUAUGGAUAAAAUACAGAACGAAAAGUGUUUCAUUCCAAUCAAACUAUUGCAAUAUUACCAUGAUAAUAUGUUAACUGAUGUUAGUAAUUUCAACAUUUACGAGUCCAAAAAGGUUAAUAAACUUAACGAUUUGGAUUCUAGGAUCCUACUGACCAACUCAGCAAGUUUCAAAUCAUCAAUAAUAAUUGACAGGAAAGUGGACUUGAUAACACCAAUGUGCACGAAUUUCACAUAUGAAGGGCUACUGGACUCAGUUUUUGGCCUGAAAUGUAACACCGUGAAUGUGGACUCUCAAGCUCUCGACGGAAAGCUGGUAAGUUCAUUGGACUUGGUGGUUGAUUUUCAAAAAAGUAAACAGAAGAAUAAUUUUAAUAAAAAACCAGUUUCAUUAAAGUCAAAAUUGUACGAAGAGAUAAGGUGGCUGGAUUUCUCCAAAGUUGGAUCAUACCUACAUGAAAAAGCACUAAGGGUAAAGAAAGGCUAUGAAGGGGGAGGGAUGCAAACGAUUGGAGAAAUGGGAGAAUUUGUAAAAAAGUUCAAGUCGCUCCAACAAGAACAUGUUACACUUUCAACACAUGUUAACAUCAUGGGUUACUUGAACUCUUUCGUAAAGUCUGAACGAUUUCAUCUUGUUCAAAACAUUGAAGAUUGUAUUCUACAAGGGAGCACUGACGGGAACAAAGAUGAUUCAAAAUUGGCCAACAUUUCAAAAUUAUGGACGAAGAAGUCAGGUGAUCCAUUUAUAGCUCAAAUUUUGGAACUUAUUUUCUGGAACAUACAAGUAUUCACGAUAUUUAGGCUACUCAUUCUAUUAAGUCAAACCAUGGAUGGUCUUAAGCAGUCGGAUUUCGACACAAUCAAGAAGGCCAUAAUUUAUCAAUAUGGCUUUCAGUACCUUAAAACAAUCCAGAACUUUAUCAAGUCAGGCCUCAUUAAAAUUAACAAUGUUGUUGACAGUUCUAGGUGGCAGAAGAUAUACGGGAAGUUCAACCUCUUGGUGGAUUCUGAAUUGUCAAAGUCCGAUUGUUCUGGUAUCUUUGGAGGCUAUGCCCCUCUAAGCAUAAGAAUCGUGCAGUUGCUUAGCGUUUCAAACGACUCUGCUCCCCUAAGUUCUGAGUUUGGGCUUCUAAAUUGUCAAAUAGUUUCAACUAAACAAAAACCUGUAACAUCUAAUUCUCAUUCCAACUUAAACCGCCUCUCAAAAGAUAGUAGAAAAUCGUCUCUCAACGACAGCCUAUCCAGUGAGUACAUUGAUGACCCUACUGAACACUGCUUAAUCUGUUAUAUUGGUGGGAUAACAAUUGGCGAAGUAGCCUCAGUUUCUCUAAUAAAUUCGUUCAACAAGUCAAAAUUCGUUGUCCUUACGACUGACAUCGUCAACUCAAUUAAACUAACUAACAUGUAA